UUUACAUAUACUUAGAGUGAUAAAUUCUUAAUUUCUGCAGAGAACAUUACAUUGACAAUAAAAUGGAGAAAUUUGUUAACCGUCUUAUGGUAUACUUUUUCCUUGUUUUUGCAACAGUAUUAUUGGAAGUCAGUGAAGGAUAUAACGAGGAAGCAUUAUAUAAUGACAGGCCUUAUAAACGUUGGUCGCCUGUGAAAGAAUAUCAUUAUGGUGAACCAGUUGAAAUUAAAAGGAGUCUACCCAGUAAACGUUGGUCCCCUGUCAAAGAGUAUCAUUACGAUGGACCAAUUGAAAUAAAAAGAGGAAUUAGUCGUCAAUUUAAACGUUGGUCCCCUGUCAAAGAGUUCCAUUAUGGCGAACCAAUUGAGAUAUAACAGUGAACAUCAUAUUAUGGAACAGAUUCAUCAUUAUUCUCUCUAUGAAUUCUGGUUUCCAGUAAUUCUUCAAAUAUCAUAAUCACACCAAAAACAAGUGAACAAAGAUUUCUUUUGCCAAUUAAAGUUUUCAAAUGAAUUUGCGUCUAUAAUUUUCCUU